AAAUAAAUAAGCUCAACAAUCACUUCAGUCAAGCUUCGCGCAGGAUGUAUAUAGACUAAGCCUGCUUGCGCACGUGCUGGCAGCUUAGCUGUGAUCGUUCCCUCCGUUAGCUUGCACUCCUCCUGGAUUCUCCACGCCAGAGUUCCGUAGACUAUCCAAACGCGUGCCACGCAUGUACAAACAACCACCGCGUCACUCCUAGUAGCUUAAAUCCUCGCGAAAACUCUUUCCUUCCCCACAGGAUUAUUAAUCAAAUUGUGGUAGUAGACAUCUAGGUAAAUCAAACUCCCCAGCAGCCUGUGGCAGCCAUGUCCAAGCACUACCGCGCCUUCCGCAGCUUCCUGCCCACGGCAGCGGCGGUGGGAAAGCGCCUCUCGCGGCGGCAGCCGUCCCAGGAGAUCGUCCUAGGCGGAAACAUCAGCAUCACCAUCGACAACACCGUUCCAGAGGCCGCCCCGUCGCUCGCGCGUCUUAAUACGCACUCCUUCGCCGCGGCGAGCCCAAAAAGCUCCGCGUUUUCCGCCGCAUCAGCCGCCACUUCUCCCGCAUUGCCCCCAGCAAACUCUUCCUCUCGUAACUUUUCCUCCUCUUCUUCGCCUCUCCCACCGGCGGCGUCCCAUUCCUCCUCGUCCCUCUCUCCGUCGCCCAUUUUCCCCUCAUCCUCUUCUCUGCCCUUCGCAUCUCUUCCGUCCGCCUUUCCUUCUCCUCCUGCCAGUGCAACCGUCAUCGCCGCCAGUGGAACCGUCGAUCGCAGAUUCGCAGAGCCGCUCAUGGCUACCGUCCUUCCUGUCUUCGGCGGAGCCGCGGCUUUCCCGGGCCGCCCAUCGCCCCUCUCCAGAGGGUUUCCCAGCUCCUGGUCCGAUUCUGGCGCCGUAAUUCCGGCAGCAAUUCCCGCCUCUAUUCCCGCCGCUGUUUCCGCCGCGGACGCCGCCGCAGCCCCCAGCCCGCCCGUGCGACGCGGGGUACAGCUCCAGUCUAACUCUGCCGCGCGCGUCGGCAGUUUCAAUGUCGAACUCGUGCAGCGUGAUUGGACGCAGCAGGCCGCGUGGAUGCGGCUGGACGACACAGCGGGGAAUUCGCGCAAGGGCGAUGACAAUGCUGCUGACGCUGAACGUGACCAUAACGGGGAAAGGGACAAUGAUUGCGGGGAUGCGGAAUGCACGGCGGACGAUACGCGGGAAGCAUCGACGGGGACGUUCGAGGUGGUUGAACUUGAAUUGGGGACGGCCGACAGCAGUGCCGCCGUGAGGAUUCGCAAUGAAGCAAACGCUGCUCGGUCCUGGAAGGGUCGGCAGCUCCAGCAGCAGGUUCCCCAGCAUUUCCUUCCGAAACCCCCACCGGCGCCUGGGACGAAUCCUGAAUCCGUUCUUAGCGAGGAUGAGAACUCCUGCCGGGUCGACAGCACGCAGACGUACCACAGCGUGGGAUGGAUCGGCAACAGCAAGCGAGAGCGCCACGACGACAUGGCAGCUGCGGCCAGCAUGCAACACCAUCACCACGACAGACGGCACGAGCCGUUAUCUGCAGCUCACGCUCCUGAUGACACGUGCCGCCCAUCGCACGUGAGGCAUCAUUCGUACCAACAGGACGAUAGUGAUUCAGCUGGGUGGUUGGUCGACAGAGGUUGCACAGCAGCAGAGUCUUGGGUGAGCGAUAGCCGUCUGGACGAGGGGUGGGUGGACAGCGCCCGAUCCCGCAUCCGCGACGCGGCGCUGCAACUAGUGGAGGCGCAGCAAGCGGCUCUGGAGCACAGCCGAGUGGCGUCGGCCAUGGAAGCUGCAAUGCUGAAGCGGCAGACGAGCCUGGGGAGGAGCCCUGGGGGUAAUGGGAAAGGCGGGAAAGUGAGGAAGAGUAUGAUGCCCCGGCCUCCCCCUGGCAAUGACGUUGACUGUCAUGUGAGGUGGAGCUCGCUCAGCAGCCCGGUUCGCAGGCCUUUGGCAGGUGAUAAAAGAAGGGGGGUAGGAUGUGACAAUGUGCGAGGGACUUCUAAUGGGGGUAGGGAUGACAUGGAUUUGGUGGCGGGAAGACUGCGUGCUGAGGGCUUAAGGGCGUGGGCUGGGGGAAACUCUCCGUUGGGAAGGGUUGGGAUGAUGCUUAGGUUAGGGAGUUCCAAAUGAGUUGUACAGACUGAGAUUCAUGUGCAUACCGUAUUUGACCGGAUAUAGCACUACGUGGUCUUAAAUCGUUUUAGGAGCAAUUUAGGGGUGUUGCUUAUAACUGAGUAAAUUAAUAAAAGAUACAGGGCUUAUAAAAUGUAAGGUAUAUGGAAAAAUUG